AUGGGGCAGCGCUGCACGACGCUCAGCGCAGAAGAGGGCAUCUCGGAGAUCGGAGGGACCGCGAGAGACCUCGGGGCCUCCUCUUCGGCGUCCUCGAAUCACUUCAAGGAGAAGCGGGUUGCGUGGACGCGCACUCUCCCCACGGCGCGACCUCCAAAGACGCUGCUCGAGGCGACGGCGAUACGGACAGCCCAGCUCUUAGCAGACGGCUACUUCUCCCCCGCCGACCUGCAUGUCUUGCCGAACGACCUCAUCGAGAUGGUCAUCACCGCGUCCAUCCAGCAAGGUCUCCUGUCGGAAGAUACGCUCGACGUGGUCCGCCUGGGGAAGGGAGCAGUGCGACUGGGCAAACUGAUCCUUCCGGAUUACCCUGGCGUGUCGACGGGCUGGCUGGAAGGCCUGCAGGACGCCGGGAUCCUCCACCUCGACCUCUCGGGGUCGGCGACGAGCGAGCUGAUGGCUGACGUGGCCACGAUGACAACGAUGACUACCCUGGUGCUGGACCAGUCGACGGGGUUGGCGCAUCCGGGCGGCCUCUCGCGCCUCGCGUUUUUGCCGCGCCUGCGCCACCUCUCCCUCGCGCACUGCGAGGGCGUCACGGCGGACACGGCGCGGACGAUCUCGAAGCUGCCCGACCUCAGAACGCUGUGCCUUCGCAGCUGCUGUUCCCUCCAGAGCGGCGCCGUUCCGCACCUGGCAAACCUGACUCAGCUGCAGGAGCUGGACCUCGGCUGGUGCUUCCGCGUCCCGCGCGCCGACAUCGCGGCGCUCUCGAGCAUCCAGGGCCUCCGGAAGCUCGUCUUCAGCGGGACGCUGGCGGGGCCGGAGACGGCCGACGUGCUGCUGGCGAACGCCGGCACCCUGCGCGAGGUCGGGCUGGCGCGGUGCCGGAACCUGCUGCCUCCGGAUGAGACGGCCGCGCACCUGACGGGCGUCCCGCCGCCUGUCACGCACGGGCGAGACCGCAUCUCGGUGCUGCAGGCCGUCGUGCAGUUAGGCACCCGGGGGGGUCUCGAGGUGCUGGACCUGUCAGGGCUGUCGAUGCUGACCUCGGACGACUGCCGCGAGUACAUCUCGCAGUGCACGUCGCUGCGGGACCUCAACUUGGCCUCCACGGGCGUCACGGGGAGCGGCGCGGCGUCGCUCGUGACGCUCACUGCGCUGGAGCGGCUCUCGCUCGACAGCUGCCAGGUCGGGGACACGGCGUGCAUGGCGCUGAAGGGCAUGCCGCGGCUGGAGAAGCUCGAGCUCGGAGACACGCAGAUCGCGGACAUGGGCCUCACUUACUUGCGGCACGUCCCGCGGCUGCGGCACCUCGACGUGGGCCACACGGACGUCACGGACGCGGGCAUGCGGCACGUGCGCUGCCUCACGCAGCUCGAGUGGCUGUGCGCCGACGUGCGCGGCCUGACGGACCGCACCAUCUCGACACUCGUGCCCCUCGCCAAGACUCUCCGACACUUGGACGUGUUCGGGUGCAAGGUGACGGACCUCGGCUGCGCGAUCCUCUCGCGCCUCGCGCGGCUCACCUCGCUCGAGGCGGGCGGCGGCAGCAUCACGGACGCCGGCGCGCACCACCUCGGCGCGUUGACGGAGCUCGAGCACUUGUCGCUGGCACAGAACUACCGUGUCACCGACGAGGGCUGCCGGCUGCUCGUGAACGCUGCGGGGCCGUCCGUGCCGCUGCGGCACUCCCUGCGCACGCUGAACUUGAGCCACACCGCGGUCGGGGACGGGUGUGUGCCGGAGCUGUCGAAGCUGACCGGGCUGACGACGCUGACGCUCUACAGCACGCGCGUGUCGCAGCACGGGCACAAACGCAUCGCCGCAGCGAUUCCACAUGCAUACGUGGGCGUGUAG